AUGUCUUUUAUGAUGCAUGAAAUUGUAUACUUUGGGCGAUCCCUUCCCUGGAUCUUCAUAGACAGCCUGGGUUUAUUCAAGACCUACAAAAUUCAAAGUAGCAAAGUACCAUCCGUACGAGAGCAAUGGGAUUGCGCAAAAUUCGUGCUUCUUAGUCACUUCACUGUGGAAUUGCCUCAGAUUUGGUUGUUCCACCCAAUGGCUCAGUUCUUUGGCCUUUCGACCUCUGUUCCCUUCCCUUCUUUGUGGACCAUGGCAUAUCAGAUCGCCAUAUUUUUUGUCUUGGAGGACACGUGGCAUUAUUUUUCCCACCGUGCUCUUCACUGGGGGCCUCUGUACAAAGCUAUACACAAGAUUCACCACCAAUACUCUGCACCCUUUGGCAUGGCCGCUGAAUAUGCGUCUCCUAUUGAAGUCAUGAUCCUUGGAUUCGGUACCGUUGGCUGUCCAAUUCUAUGGUGUGCAGUGACCGGGGAUCUACAUAUUUUCACGAUGUACAUUUGGAUCGUAUUGCGGCUUUUCCAAGCUAUCGAUGCACACAGUGGUUAUGAGUUCCCUUGGAGUCUCCAUCAUUUCCUCCCAUUCUGGGCCGGGGCAGACCACCAUGAUCUUCAUCAUGAGAAGUUUGUAGGAAAUUAUUCCAGCAGCUUCAGGUGGUGGGAUUACGUUCUGGACACCGAAUAUUCUCCAGAAGCUAUCAAGCGCAGAAGGGAGAACAAAGCGGUGAGGGGAAUGAAGAAAUCCCAGUGA